UUGUACUACAUUCAUUCUCCACCAAUGUUAUUACGGCCAAUACCGAUCACAUAUUUUAGCCCUUUUGCCUGAAGAACGCAAGGACAAAUUCCCCUCCGCCAUCAAAUUCCCAAACUCUCCUUAAAAACGACAUCGUUCACAUUCUGACGACGUCAUAAUCAAGAGCCAGCUUAAACUCCUCUCUUUCAACCGCUCAUGUUUUUAUCAACCCCACAAAUUCGUCUUCUCCCUUCCUUUGCCGCCAUAUCUGAACGUCUCUGAUUUUUCUCCUUCCUUAUCCCUUUGUUUUCCCUAAAGCUUCUUCUCCUUGGGUUAUCUUUAUAAUUUGUUUGACUACGGAUUAAUGUUUCAAUCUUUAUACUAAUCUUUAACCGGGAUAUUGAUACUAUUGGACGAAUGUGUACAGAGAUGAUGGUGUAUAUGGGUCCUUUAUGGAUAGCGUUUUUAGUAGGAAUAAUAGUUGGUUGGGCUUGGAAGCCAAAAUGGGCAAGCCAGGGAACGCAAAAAUUGAGUCGUGCUGUAUCGAAAUCAUUGGAAUUAUCGUUGCCUCCAUCGCCUUCUAAGUCGCCUAUGUCCCCUUUGAAAAGUUUUGGUUCGGCUCCAUGUUUGAACUCCUUGAAAACGCAGGCACAAGCUUCUGAAUAUUGGGUCAUUAAUGAUGGAGCCCAUGAAACGCCCUCUGUUUCUCUUUCUGAAUAUGACAAUUGCAGCACAUUCCUCACAUCACAGCUUAAUGAAGGACGUUCAAGUGUUGUAACAGAGGAAGAUUUAAAGCAUUUAUGGCAGCUUGUUGAAAUGAGGGAUGGAGGUCCUAGCUGGAUACAUAUGAUGGAUCGUUCUACUCCAAAUAUGAGUUACCAAGCAUGGCGGAGAGAUCCAAAGACUGGUCCUCCUCAGUAUCGUAGCAAAACUGUCUUCGAGGAUGUAACUUCAAAGAUGGUGAGGGACUUCUUCUGGGAUGAUGAAUUUCGACCAAAGUGGGAUGAUAUGCUUGCAUAUUCUGCAACCAUAGAAGAGUGUCCUACAACAGGGACCAUGGUUGUUCAAUGGAUAAGAAAAUUUCCAUUCUUUUGCAGUGAUAGAGAAUACAUAAUAGGUCGACGGAUAUGGGAAUUGGAUGGGUCUUACUACUGUGUGACAAAGGGAGUUUCCUGGCCUUCUAUCCCUCGGCAGAAGAAACCAAGACGUGUGGACCUAUACUAUUCAAGUUGGUACAUUCGAGCAGUGGAAUCAGAAAGAGGACAUGGUCAACGGAAUGCGUGCGAGGUGCUACUCUUCCAUCAUGAAGAUAUGGGUAUCCCAUGGGAAAUUGUAAAGCUUGGUGUACGACAGGGAAUGUGGGGAACUGUCAAGAAAAUUGAGCCUGGGUUACGUGCUUAUCAAAAAGAAAGAGCAUCUGUAGCACCACUCUCUCACUCUGCAGCUAUGGCUCAAAUUAACACCAAAAUAAAUACCGAGUACCUGAGAUCUUUGGAAACCAAUGAAGAUUUAUCAAAGUCUGAGAUAGCUGCUACAUCUGAAAAACCAAUGGCUAAGAACAUCUCAAGGCUCUUAUUUCUUGGCGGGGUAAUUGUUCUUGCUUGUAGUCUUGACCAUGGGCUGUUGAGUAAGGCAUUUAUCUUUGGCGUGGGUAGAAGGCUAGCAAACAGGGGAAAGAGAUUGUGUUCGAGUGUUGGGAGAGCGAAUUACAUAGGCUCAUCUUUUUGAAUGGGACAGCAGGUUUCUUGAUAUACUAGAGGGUUGAGAUGUAUAUUUAUACUCACUUAUAUGUAUAUUUUGAACUUGACAACCAAUGAAUUCAUAUUCCUAAGGUAA